AUGUCGUAUAAUAAAAAUUAUGGAGGACAGUUCAUGGGACUUCGCCAAGGAGGAACUAAUAAGGGAUCUCACUAUUCAAAUAAUGAUAAUAAAUCUGAUAAAAUAAAAUUAAAUGAGCACAAAUCUGCUGAUAAAAAAGAAAAAAUACCUGCGACGAAAGUCAUCUUAUAUUUGUCUGAAUUGAGAGGGAUUAGUUUACCUGAAAUAGAAAAUGGAGAAAUAUUUUUUUUCUGUACAGCAAUAUUUGAUAAUCAGGAUGUAAAAAUGUCAAUGGAAAAAUCAAACUAUAACUCUCCUUUGGUCAAAGGGGAUUAUUUGUCUAAUUCUUACGCUCUUGAUUUUGAAAGCGAAAUUGUUUUGAAGAUCCCUGAGGAUGCAACAUUCGUUCGAUGCUAUGUAUCAUACGUAUCAUCUAUAGAAGCUGACGGAAAGAGAAACAUCAAAUUAGAAGGAAUAGGUUAUACUGACCCAUUUAUUGUUAAAGAAUGCCAUGUAUAUCCUUAUUCAAGAUGCAAGCUUAAUACUGCUGCGGGCGCACAAGAACUAGGAGGUGCCCUAAAAAUAUGUGUAAAAUGUGUAGAUAAUACACACCCAUCAACGGUAAAAGCGACAGAACCGUGCAAUGUUAUAGAAGAGUUUAAAAAACGUUAUGAGGAUUAA